GGACCUUUCAAGUAGUGACUUAACCGGAUCUAUACCAUCCAGCAUCGGAAGCUUGAGCAGCCUGACACAUUUAGAUCUCUGGAAUAACAGCUUAACCGGAUCCAUCCCAUCAGCCCUUUGCACAUUGAGCAACUUGGCAUAUCUAGCUCUCUCAUGGAACAGCUUGAUGGGAUCAAUCCCUCCAGCUAUCGGCAACUUGGUCAAGCUUACACAUCUGGACCUGUCAGGUAGUGGCUUAUCGGGAUCGAUCGCAUCGACCAUUAGCAGCCUGACCACGUUGUCACAUAUGGAUCUUUGGAGAAACACUUUCACUGGAUCGAUUCCAUCAGCCAUUGGCACCUUCACCAACCUGUCAUACCUGGACUUGCACAGAAAUGGCUUCACCGGGUCAAUUCCAUCAGCCAUCGGCAGCUUGAGCAAGCUGAUAGCCCUGGAUUUGAGCGCAAACAACAUGAAUGGAUCCAUUCCACCAGCCAUUGGCGGCUUGAUCAAUCUGGCACAUUUGGAUGUAUCACAAAAUGACCUCACAUGUCCACCUAAUUAUGACAGUUGUGGAGUCAAACAGACCACCUGGAGUGCCUUCUGUAAAGAAUGCGACUCUUUCUGCAAUACUUGCUCCAUCACAACACCACUGGCAUCUCCCCCCCCGCCUGGAGCUUCACCCUUCCAAUCUGAAGGUGGUCUGUCAACAGGAGCCAUUGCUGGCAUUGUGGCUGCUGCCGUGUGUGCCCUGCUGCUACUGCUGCUGACUGGCGUGCUGCUAGACAGGAGAGGUUGCAUGAAGGAAGCAGGCAUGUCCGCAGCAGCAACAGCAGCAGCAGCAGGAGGAGGAAAGGAGGGAGGUGUGGUGGUGGAUCCAGAGGCAGCACGGCCACAUGUAUGCCACGAAUACUCGCUGGAAGAGCUGGCUAAGGCAACGGCGGACUGGGCGGAGGGGAACAGAAUUGGCAGUGGCAGUUUUGGUGAUGUGUACAAGGGUGUGUCGCCUCAUUGCAGCACUCAAGUUUGGGCCGUCAAAAGGGCCCGAGUGCUCACCAACGACUUCCACAGAGAG